UUCACAUGCCUUAGUGGUCUAUAGGUGACGGACGGGGGCAAAAGAAGAACAAAUAACCGUCGGGUUCGCAUGGGACAGUGGAAGGCCUCUCUCCCACCUCCGAGGUCUGUCUGUGGAUUAAUUACCAACGCGUCGCUGGAGGCUUGUUUGGAGGCGGUACUUAGUGGUCGCUGGUCUCUGAUUGGGGUUGCCCGCACACGCACACGCCCACAAUGUCUGGGUUCGCCGACUUUGAUGCCGGCCAUCGGGACUUGGUCUCCGUCACCAAGUUCAAUUUCUAUGGCAAUCGCAUCGUCACCGCCUCGUCCGACCAUCGCAUGAAGGUCUGGGAUCUGAAAGAUGGGGAAUGGCAGCUAGUAGAUACUUGGCGUGCACAUGACGCAGAGAUUCGUGAUGCCACCUGGAAUGGCCCCUUUACGGGCCAGCACAUUGGCAGUGUCGGCGAGGACAUGAAAUGCAAGAUCUGGCAGGAAGAUGUUACGCAGCCCCCCAACUCAGGCCGGCGGUUUAGGUCCAUCUUUCGUAUGACUGCGCCGCAACGCCACCCGUUUGUCUCCAUUGACUUCCGCAACAUCGACCUCGAGUCCUGGCUGGCUCUCAUCACUCGCGAUGGCUAUCUCAUGAUCAUGGAGCCGGUCAGCCCGGACACCCUCGCCGACUGGCAGCCCCUGGAUCAGUUCCGCGUCUGCACCGCCCCGCAGAGGGGAGAGGAAACAAGCUUCAAGGUGCAGUUCCACCACGAUCCUACCGACAUCACCCACUCCGCCUUGCCCUCCUGGGAUCGCAAGAGCCUGUCGCUGGUGGUCGCCGCCAUGGACAGCGUGAAGGUGUAUCGAACCGAUGCGAAUCGCCGGUUCUACCACGCAAUUGAAUUGACCGGACAUGGUGGUCUGGUCAGAGACAUCUCGUGGGCCAACGGAUCGGUCAGAGGCUAUGAUCUGAUCGCUAGUGGAUGCAAGGAUGGCUUUGUUCGCGUUUUCGAGGUUUAUACUGUUGCUUCCGACACUGGGGCCCAAUAUCCCAACGGCAAUCAUACUCUGUCUUCUGUGCAGGCACCAUCUACUACUAGUAGUGUCCGUGCCACAACGCAGUCGGGGAUCGGGUCGGCUCUUGCAAGCCGCGCACCGGCAUCGAUGUCCAGUCGUGUGGCAACUGAAGAUUCGCAAUUCAAGCAUUCGUACAAGGAAGUCGCAUGCAUCGAUAGCAAGCACCUUGACGUGUGGCAAGUGGGCUUCUCAUACGCGGGUGACUGCCUGAUUUCCUCCGGAGAUGAUGGUAUUGUACGAUUCUGGAAGAAGUCUCUUUCCGGGGAGUGGAUCGAAUACGCGGAGACAGAUAUGGCUUACCAGUAAACGCCGUAUCGCUUUCUCCAAUUCCCUCACAUCUGUCUACCGGGACUCGGCCCUUUGUGUCUGGAUUCAGUCAUCAUUCCACUUUAUCCCCGUGGCCCACGGGCAAUUAUUGGUCUUGUUUGGGCGAUUAGCCCUGCUUCCUCCCCUACUCCUUCGAAGAAUUCUUCUGCAUCCUUACUGUUCGCGUUGGCGUUUCUUGCGGUCUAUUUCUGGCGGGUCUUAGAUCUUGCAUUGAGUUGUUUCCCCCUCUGCAGCCAUUCCUGCUCUGUUUGGUAUACAAUGAUACCCAUGGGUCUCUGGCUUGUCUGUCCUCUAACGUCCUGGCGCCUUCCCGGUAAGGUGUCUACUUCUUCUUAAUGUUCGCGGAUUUUUCGGUUUCCUUGUUUUCCUUGUCUUUCCCUUGUCUCCGAAUUAGAAAG